GUUGUAGGGGAAUAUGGCAUGGCCCAUUUCAGUGACAAGGGCCAGGGCAAAGGAAAGGAUUACUGCAUCUUCUUCAACUCCCAGUGGGCUCGUCUACCUCGGGACCUCAACAAAGCAGUAAGUGGAGUAAACUAACUUAUAAAACGACUGUUAUUGUCACUUCUUGAGAGAUGUCUGACAAAGAUAUUUGUGUGUGUGUGUGUGUUCUCUCUGGCGGAUACUCUUGAAAUACGGCUGCCCUGACAAGUUAAUCAGAAUGCUGAUGUGUGGUGUGUGCGCAUGAUGAAACAUUCAGAAAGGCCCCAUUAUUAACCUAUCCUCCUUUAUGUCUCCACUAGUCCCGUCUGGAGAUCUAUGACCUGACACCGUCGGUCCUGUGUUUCCCGUCAGACGUCCCCGAUGGUGGCUUCCCCAAUCGUAUCCCCAUGGUGAUGCGGGGGAACUGCACCUUCUACGAGAAGGUGCGCCUGGCCCAGCUCAACGGAGCUAAAGGCCUGCUCAUCGUCAGCAAAGACAGGCUGGUAAGAGUCAAACCAUAUCAUUCAUAUCAAAGAGGCUGGUAAGAGUCAAACCAUAUCAUUCAUAUCAAAGACAGGCUGGUAAGAGUCAAACCAUAUCAUUCAUAUCAAAGACAGGCUGGUAAGAAUCAAACCAUAUCAUUCAUAUCAAAGACAACUUGACUCUUCCCAGCCUAUGUCCUAUCAUGUUAGCCUGGUGGUCCCAGACCUGUCUAUGUGCUUUCACCAUCUCGCCUGUUCCCUCUUACCUUCACUAAUGCCGCUGGGCUCCCGAGUGGCGCAGCGGUCUAAGGCACUGCAUCUCAGUGCUUGAGGCGUCACUACAGACCCCCUGGUUCGAUUCCAGGCUGUAUCACAACCGGCCGUGAUUGGGAGUCCCAUAGGGCGGCGCACAAUUGGCCCAGCGUUUGGCUGGUGUAGGCUGUCAUUGUAAAUAAGAGUUUGUUCUUAACUAACUUGCCUAGUUAAUAAAGGUAAAAUAAAUAAAUAAAUAAAUAAAAAGAAAAAAGGCUUGGAAGGAAAUAAUCAGAAUAGGAGCUUUGGAACACAUAACCUGUCGUAAACAGGAGCAGGUGUUCUUAAUGUUUUGUCCACUCAGUGUCUAUAACCUGUCGUAAACAGGUUAUAGACACUGAGUGGACAAAACAUUAAGAACACCUGCUCUUUCACAUUUACAUUUUAGUCAUUUAGCAGACGCUCUUAUCCAGAGCGAUUUACAGUUAGUGAACACAUAUUUUUUUUAUACUGGCCCCCCGUGGGAAUCGAACCCACAACCCUGGCGUUGCAAACGCCAUGCUCUAUCAACUGAGCUACAUCCCUGCCGGCCAUUCCCUCCCCUACCCUGGACGACGCUGGGCCAAUUGUGCGCCGCCCUUUCCAUGACAUAGACUGACCAGGUGAAUCCAGGUGAAAGCUAUGAUCCCUUAUUGAUGUUACUUGUUAAAUCCACUUCAAUCAGUGUAGAUGAAGGGGAGGAGACGGGUUAAAAUAAGGAUUUUUAAGCCUUGAGACAUGGAUUGUGUAUGUGUGCCAUUCAGAGGGUGAAUGGGCAAGACAAAAUAUUUAAGUGUCUUUGAACAGGGUAUGGUAGUAGGUGCCAGGCGCACCGGUUUGUGUCAAGAACUGCAACAUUGCUGGGUUUUUCGCGCUUAACAGUUUCCCGUGUGUAUCAAGAAUGGUCCACCACCCAAAGGACAUCCAGCCAACUUGAGACAACAGUGGGAAGCAUUGGAGUCAACGUGGGCCAGCAUCCUUGUGGAACGCUUUCGACACCUUGUAGAGUCGAUGCCUCAACGAAUUGAGGCUGUUCUGGGCACAGGAGGUUGGUGGCACCUUAAUUGGGGAGGACGGGCUCGUGGCAAUGGCUGGAGCGGAAUAAGUGAAAUAGUAUCAAAGACAUGGUUUCCAUGUGUUUGAUUCCAUUCGCUCCGUUCCAGCCAUUAUUAUGAGCCGUCCUCCCCUCAGCAGCCUCCACUGGGACUGAGGGCAAACUCAAUAUUAGGAAGGUGUUCCUACUGUUUGAUAUACUCAGUGUAGGUCAUCGUGUGUAGGAUCUUAAUUUGAGCCAGUUUGCUACAGCAGGAAAAUAAUACUGCAGCAACAGGAAAUGUGGAUUAUAAUUAAUGGGCAUUUUUGUAGCGGUUGAUAAAUGUUUUAUAAGUGAAUAUCAAGUCUGACAUUUCUAAGUGGAAAUUACAAACAGAAGCAUUUUUAACCUCAAAUGCACUACAGGUUUUACAUUUCCUGCACUGUAGGAAAGUUAUCCUGCAACAGGGUGAUCAAAUUCAGAUCCUACAGCUUUAGUGUAAAUAAUAGAUUGAAUAUAUAUUUUCUAAAUACUUUCUGUACAGUCAGUAUUUGCCGAUUUUUUUAUUUCUGUUUUUCCUAUCACAGACCCCACCGGCAGGAAACAAGAGUCAGUAUGAGGAGAUUGACAUCCCUGUGGCGCUGCUCAGCUACACUGACAUGCUGGACAUCAUUAAGGUGAGAGCAGAGGAGAGACCAACAUCUAGGGUUAUAAAAAUUCCGGUAACUAUCCCAAAAUUCCCAGCCUUUUCUGAAAUCCCUGUUGGAAGAUUAUCGGGAAAAAAAGUAUGAAUAAGCAGGAAUUCCAGAAUCCUCCAAGAGGAUUUCUGGACUACCUGAGAGUUUGGGAAAAGUUACUGGAAUUUGGCAACUCUUGAACACUGUUCAGUAGGACACAUGAUACGCUGUGGAACAUUCAGAUAUAACUAUAUCAUACAAAACAGAGAUGCCUCUGACGUGUAGAGUAAGGAUUGAUUAUGACUAAGGAUUCAUGUCAGCUCUUCUAUCCGGAACGCGCCCCCAUGUGUUUAGAUAGAGAUAUAUCAUAAAGAACAAACAUGCCUCUCUGACAUGUAGAGUAAGCAUUGAGGCUAAAUGAAUCAUGUCAGCUGCUCUAUUCAUUACAUUUCUAUCUGCCACCCGUCCUGAACGCGACCCUGUUCAAACAAACUUGAUGUUUGUAACGUGACUAACAAAGAUCAACAAAUCAAUUAAUUUGUCAAUUUACCCAAAUGCUGUGUUUCCUGUCCCCUGCAGACGUUUGGGCAGGGCAGAGAGGUGGCCAUGUACGCGCCCAAGGAGCCCGUCCUGGACUACAACAUGGCCAUCAUCUUCCUCAUGGCUGUGGGGACAGUGGCCAUCGGAGGAUACUGGGCCGGCAGCAAGGACAUCAACAAGUAAGUCUGGUGGUGGGGGUAGUAGUAGUGAUGAUGGUGGUGGUAGUGGAUGGUGGGUGGUGGUGGUGUAUGGUAGAGUGGUAGUGGUGAGGAUGGUGGUAGUAGUAUGGUGGGGUGGGUGUGAUGUGGUAGUGGUGUAGAUGGUUGUGGUGGUGGUGGUUGUAUGGGUGAGUAUGGUGGUAGUAGUGAUGGUGGUGGUGGUGUGAUGGUGGUGUUGGUGUGUGGUGGUGGUGGUGGUAGGUGUGGUGGUAGGUGUGGUGGUAGUGUGUGUGGUGGUGGUAGUGGUAGUAUGGUGAUGGUGUACGUAUAGUGGUAGUCGUAGUGAGUGUGUGGGGUAGUAGUGAUAGUGGUGGUGGUGGUAGGUAGUAGUGGUGGUGAUGGUGGUGGUGGUGGUGUAGUAGUAUGUGGUAGUAGUAGGUGGUAGGGUGGUGGUAUUGGUGAUGGGGUGGUGUAGUGAUGGUGGUGGUAGGAGGUCUGGUGGGGCUAGGUAGCUGGUGGGUGGGUGAGGUAGGUGGGGGGUGAGUAUGUGUGUGGUGGUGUGGGCGGUAGUGGUGGUGGUGGUAGUAUGUGAUGUGUGUGGGGUAGUGUUGGGUGGUGAGUGUGGUGGUGGUAGUAGUGUAGUGUGGUGGUAGUAUGGUGAUGUGGUGUGGUGGUUGUGUGUAUUGGUGUUGGUGUGUAGUAUGUGAUGUUCGUAGUUGUAUUUGGUGGUCAGUCGUGUGGUUGUGGUGGUAUGUGUUUCGGUGGUGUGUACUAUGUUGUUUGUGUUGCUUGGUGUGUGUAGUGUUGGUGUGUAGUAGUUGUUGUGUUGGUCUAUGUGUGUUGGUGGUGUAGUGUCUGUAGUGUGCGUGGUGGUAGUGUUGUAUGUGAGUAUUUGGUGGUAUGUGUGUGGUGGUGGCAGUGUGGUGGUGAUGGUGUUGUGUGGUGAGUGUGUGUGUUUGUGGUGUAGCGUGUGUUGGUGUAUGUUCUGUAUGUGGUGGUGGUGGUAUGUAGUGGUGUGGUCGUUGUUGUGGUUUGUUGGUAGUGUGGUGUGGUGGUUGGGUUGGUAGGUUAGUGUGUUGGUGGUCUUGUCUUGUGGUGCUCGUCUGUGUGUGGGUGUGUGUGUAGUUCUGUUGGUGAUUUGGUGUAGUGGUAGUAUAGUGGUGAUGUGGUGGUGGUGGUAGUAGUAGAGAUAGUGGUAGUGGUGAUGGUGGUAGUAGUAAUAGUGAUGUGGUCAGUGGGUGGUGGUGGUGGUAGUGGUGGUGGUAGUGGUGGUGGUGGUGGUAGUAGUGGUGAUGGUGGUGGUGGUAGUAGCAAGGACAUCAAGAAGUAAGUCUGACAGACAGUAAAAAGUAGUCCCUCACAAAAGGACACCUCACUUUUUUGUUUUGUUGGUAGGACAGAGGUAGACACGAAAGAUGGAGAGAGUUUGCUGAAAUGGCAUGUGGCCAGAUUUGAAUCCACGCUGCAGUGGUAUAUGUGAUCCGGAGGCAACGGCUUAGACUGCUAGACCACCCUUAGGCCACUCCAACAGACAGCUGUGGAUAGCAGCGUGGUCGGAGACUACAAGGAAAGCUAGUGUGAGAGGGCGAGGCUUGCUAGGCCACAUAGUAGUGGCUUAAUUUAGACCGUGGUUAAAUUAUCAAGGGUUAUCAUCUCUGGGGAAAAGAGAGUGAGUGAGAGAGUGCUGUGGGCAGGGUGGAGAGAGAGGUAGAGUGAAGUUGCCUCUAGUCUAGAUACUGAGCAGAGGUCAGUUCGGCGGGGGCUGGGCGAUAUGGCCAAAAUAUCAUAUCACAAUAUUUUUUUAUGGUAUUUGAGGUUUUUGAAUAAUACAAGUUCUAAAUAUGCUUUAUGAGUAGCGCAUGACCCUAGGGUGGCAACACAUACAUUUUAAGUGUUUUUAAUGGGGCUUUGUCCAUUCUGAUAGUUUUAUACUUUUCAAUGAAACUUCAACCAAAAAGUUGGAAUAUAGUGGGUACUUUGAAUACAGCGUUUGACAUGACAACGAAUGAAAAAGCCAGGGAGGGUUUCUUGUGGCAGGGUGGGAACCAAAGUGUUGGUCAAUGUUUCCCAGUGGACCCUAAUUCAUGUUACAUUAAAUGUGUUCUCUUACUGUAGCUUUGAUUUAGAAUAUACCGUACCGUUGCACAAACAACAUGCUUAUCUAGACCUUCUCCAGCACUGGUAUCAGGCUGUAUUAGCUAGCUAGCUACGUUUGCUCUGAAUAAGUAUAUUUAUUAGCUAGCUAGCUAGCUACGUUUGCUCUGAAUAAGUAUAUUUAUUAGCUAGCUAGCUAGCUAGCUACGUUUGCUCUGAAUAAGUACAUUUAACUAGCCAGCUAACUAGCGAUUAGCAUUAGCUAACACAAUUUAUUUAAAAUUAAAUUACAUUUUAUUUGUCACAUGCGCCGAAUACAACAGAAAUGCUUACUUACAAGCCCUUAACCAACAAUGCAGUUUUAAGAAAGAAUACCAAAAAAAAUCACACAAAACAAUGCAAUAUAAAAUAAUAAUUAAAGUAACAAAUUAUGAAAGAGCAGCAGUAAAAAAUAACAAUAGCGAGGCUAUAUACAGGGGGUACCGGUACCGAGUCAAUGUGCGGGGGCACCGGUUAUUCGAGGUAAUUGAGGUAAUAUGUACAGUGAGGGAAAAAAGUAUUUGAUCCCCUGCUGAUUUUGUACGUUUGCCCACUGACAAAGAAAUGAUCAGUCUAUAAUUUUAAUGGUAGGUUUAUUUGAACAGUGAGAGACAGAAUAACAACAAACAAAUCCAGAAAAACGCAUAUCAAAAAUGUUAUAAAUUGAUUUGCAUUUUAAUGAGGGAAAUAAGUAUUUGACCCCUCUGCAAAACACGACUUAGUACUUGGUGGCAAAACCCUUGUUGGCAAUCACAGAGGUCAGACGUUUCUUGUAGUUGGCCACCAGGUUUGCACACAUCUCAGGAGGGAUUUUGUCCCACUCCUCUUUGCAGAUCUUCUCCAAGUCAUUAACGUUUCGAGGCUGACGUUUGGCAACUCGAACCUUCAGCUCCCUCCACAGAUUUUCUAUGGGAUUAAGGUCUGGAGACUGGCUAGGCAACUCCAGGACCUUAAUGUGCUUCUUCUUGAGCCACUCCUUUGUUGCCUUGGCCGUGUGUUUUGAGUCAUUGUCAUGCUGGAAUACCCAUCCACGACCCAUUUUCAAUGCCCUGGCUGAGGGAAGGAGGUUCUCACCCAAGAUUUGACGGUACAUGGCCCUGUCCAUCGUCCCUUUGAUGCGGUGAAGUUGUCCUGUCCCCUUAGCAGAAAAACACCCCCAAAGCAUAAUGUUUCCACCUCCAUGUUUGACGGUGGGGAUGGUGUUCUUGGGGUCAUAUGCAGCAUUCCUCCUCCUCCAAACACGGCGAGUUGAGUUGAUGCCAAAGAGCUCGAUUUUGGACUCAUCUGACCACAACACUUUCACCCAGUUCUCCUCUGAAUCAUUCAGAUGUUCAUUGGCAAACUUCAGACGGGCAUGUAUAUGUGCUUUCUUGAGCAGGGGGACCUUGCGGGCGCUGCAGGAUUUCAGUCCUUCACGGCGUAGUGUGUUACCAAUUGUUUUCUUGGUGACUAUGGUACCAGCUGCCUUGAGAUCAUUGACAAGAUCCUCCCGUGUAGUUCUGGACUGAUUCCUCACCGUUCUCAUGAUCAUUGCAACUCCACGAGGUGAGAUCUUGCAUGGAGCCCCAGGCCGAGGGAGAUUGACAGUUAUUUUGUGUUUCUUCCAUUUGCGAAUAAUCGCACCAACUGUUGUCACCUUCUCACCAAGCUGCUUGGCAAUGGUCUUGUAUCCCAUUCCAGCCUUGUGUAGGUCUACAAUCUUGUCCCUGACAUCCUUGGAGAGCUCUUUGGUCUUGGCCAUGGUGGAGAGUUUGGAAUCUGAUUGAUUGAUUGCUUCUGUGGACCGGUGUCUUUUAUACAGGUAACAAGCUGAGAUUAGGAGCACUCCCUUUAAGAGUGUGCUCCUAAUCUCAGCUCGUUACCUGUAUAAAAGACACCUGGGAGCCAGAAAUCUUUCUGAUUGAGAGGGGGUCAAAUACUUAUUUCCCUCAUUUAAAAUGCAAAUAAAUUAAUAACAUUUUUGACAUGCGUUUUUCUGGAUUUUUUUGUUGUUAUUCUGUCUCUCACUGUUCAAAUAAACCUACCAUUAAAAUUAUAGACUGAUCAUUUCUUUGUCAGUGGGCAAAUGUACAAAAUCAGCAGGGGAUCAAAUACUUUUUUCCCCUCACUGUACAUGUAGGUAGAGUUGCUAAGAAAAGAUAAACCAGCUGUUUGCAGACAGUAAGAUACACAAACGAAUAGUGUAAUUAUAGAACGCUUGUGGAUUUAUAUUAAGAAGCAAAGUGGAAAGCUGCAUCGUUGUCACCAACAUGCAGACUGUCACUGCGAGUGGUUGUUGUGACUUUUGAUAGCCAAUAACCACGUUUCCUUCCACAGUUUUUAUGCUAGUAAAGUCAUACCGACAGAUAAUUUGUUCGUUCAACGUGGUGCAAUCUUUUUGUGUCUGUAAAAUUAAUGAUGUGAGAAAUGGCGGUGGAAACGCCUUGAUGCGCAAAUAUUGAUAUAAUAACCAUAAUAUCGAAGUAAAACUUAGUCACGCGAUGAUAUGGUGUGUGGUCCUCCCUCUACGAGUCAGGAAACCAGGCAGUUUUAUUAGUCUACAGAUGAAAUAACUUCUGAUGAACUUCACAGGGUGGUGAAAGGACACAGUGAUCUUGAUGCUCCUUUCCAUUAAAUAUAAAGGGUCUGAGUGACAUGAUGAUCGAUGCUUGACUGCCGUUUGACAAAUACAAAUAUUCUUGCUCCUAUCCAUAAUAGUCUCAUCGGGUAGACUAGCCUACCCGCACUGUAUCUGUGAGCGUUUGGCUUGGGGCUAGAGCGCACGUGCCAAGACCAGAGUAGGCACAUUUGCCAUUUAACGCAACUGUUUUUGUCACAAAACUAUCGGUAGAGUGGAAAAUACGAUGUAAACACAUUGAACUUUCGAUUUUUAUUCGGUACAUGAAAAGUUAAGCGAAAAAGUACAUUUUGUGUGCACCAGGGGUCAGGGGUUCCCAAACUUUUUAACUCAGGCCCCCCUUCCAGUAUUGUGCGCCACAUCUAUUUCAAAUCAAAUCAAAUUUUAUUGGUCACAUGCGCCGAAUACGACAGGUGCAGACAUUACAGUGAAAUGCGUACUUACAAGCCCUUAACCAACAGUGCAUUUAUUUUUAACAAAAAAAGUAAAAAUAAAACAACAACAAAAAAAGUGUUGAGGAAAAAAAAGAGCAGAAGUAAAAUAAAAUAACAGUAGGGAGGCUGUAUAUACAGGGGGGUACCGGUGCAGAGUCAAUGUGCGGGGGCACCGGCUAGUUGAGGUAUGGGCACAAGCACUGUUCAUGACACAAACUGUUCACACCCCUCUGUAUAUAGAGAAUUUAGCAGGUUUAAAGCUUAUUUCUUCCAAUUCUAUACAUUUUGUCAUGUCUAAUGUGUAUUCAUGUGAUAUUUGAGUGACUCAAACAUUACAACAAAAUCUAUGGGCUACAAAACGUUAGCUGACAUGGUCUAGUUGAUGUGGACAUUUCUGACAAGUUAUAAAUAUCUCUAAGGUAUGCAAUGACUAACACGAUGAGGAAAACCGAUGAUGCACUACACAAUUUCGAAAUUGCACUUUGUGCGUUCUACUAUUACAACUUUCAAGAGUAAGUUGGGUAGUGCAUCAUCAGCCUGCCGACCCCUCGCGCACCGCCUGCCGACCCCUCGCGCACCGCCUGCCGACCCCUCGCGCACCGCCUGCCGACCCCUCGCGCACCGCCUGCCGACCCCUCGCGCACCGCCUGCCGACCCCUCGCGCACCGCCUGCCGACCCCUCGCGCACCGCCUGCCGACCCCUCGCGCCCCACCUGCCGACCCCUAGCGCCCCGCCUGCCGACCCCUAGCGCCCCGCCUGCCGACCCCUAGCGCCCCACCUGCCGACACCUCGCGCCCCACCUGCCGACACCUCGCGCCCUACAGUUUGGGAACAACUGCACUACGUCGUCACGCACUGAUUUUUAUCCACAAGAAGUCCGUUUGGUGGAAACACACCACUGGUGGGAAAAUAUGCAUAUAUUUUUUAAUGCGGAUUUUUGAAUAUUCGCAUGAAAAUCUGUCGCCAUGGACACCUAGCAACUGAGGUAUAAAGGAAGGUUGUAGCGCAAAAACUGCUCUUCUUGAGUGACAGGAGGUGGGGCUUGGUGUGUGUGGAAGAGAGAGGGAGAGUGAGUGAAGAAUCAAAUGGAGUAAACUAUAAAAACAGACAUUAUUACACACAGCGGUGAAGCGUUAUACAAGGUAAAUUAAAAACCAAAACUGGUCCGUGCAUCAAACCGGUCCACCCCGUUUUACCCUCCCCCUGUCAGUAACAGACCCCUCUCCAUCCUGAAGCAACUUGUCUUUACCCUUCAUAAACAAACAGGAAAACGCUCAUCCAGAGGUGGCGCUCCUAGUGGCCGGGGACUUUAAUGCAGGGAAACUUAAAUCCGUUUUACCUCAUUUCUACCAGCCUGUUAAAUGUGCAACCAGAGGGGGAAAAAACUCUAGACCACAUUUACUCCACACACAGAGACGCUACAAAGCUCUCCCUCGCCCUCCAUUUGGCAAAUCUGACCAUAAUUCUAAAUUCCUGAUUCCUGCUUACAAGCCAAAACUAAAGCAGGAAGCACCAGUGACUCGGUCAAUAAAAAAGUGGUCAGAUGAAGCAGAUGCUAAACUACAGGACUGUUUUGCUAGCACAGACUGGAACAUGUUCCGGGAUUCUUCCGAUGGCAUUGAGGAGUACACCACAUCAGUCAAUGGCUUCAUCAAUAAGUGCAUCGAUGACGUCGUCCCCACAGUGACUGUACGUACAUACCCCAACCAGAAGCCAUGGAUUACAGGCAACAUCCGCACUGAGCUAAAGGGUAGAGGUGCCGCUUUCAAGGAGUGGGACUCUAACCUGGAAGCUUAUAAGAAAUCCCGCAAUGCCCUCCGACGAACCAUCAAACAGGCAAAGCAUCAAUACAGGAUUAAGAUGUAAUCAUACUACACCGGCUCCGACACUCGUCGGAUGUGGCAGGGCUUGCAAACUAUUACAGACUACAAAGGGAAGCACAGCCGCGAGCUGCCCAGUGACACAAGCCUACCAGACGAGCUAAAUUACUUCUAUGCUCGCUUCGAGGCAAGUAACACUGAAACAUGCAUGAGAGCAUCAGCUGUUCCGGACGACUGUGUGAUCACGCUCUCCGUAGCCGACGUGAGUAAGACCUUUAAACAGGUCAACAUUCACAAGGCCACAGGGCCAGACGGAUUACCAGGACGUGUACUCCGAGCAUGCACUGACCAACUGGCAAGUGUCUUCACUGACAUUUCAACCUCUCCCUGUCAGAGUCUGUAAUACCAACAUGUUUCAAGCAGAUCACCAUAGUCCCUGUACCCAAGAACACUAAGGUAACCUGCCUAAAUGAUUACCGACCCGUAGCACUAACAUCUGUAGCCAUGAAGUGCUUUGAAAGGCUGGUCAUGGCGCACAUCAACACCAUUAUCCCAGAAACCCUAGACCCACUCCAAUUUGCUCAGCAUUCAACACCAUAGUGCCCUCAAAGCUCAUCACUAAGCUAAGGACCCUGGGACUAAACUGGAUCCUGGACUUCCUGACGGGCCGCCCCCAGGUGGUUAGGGUAGGUAACAACACCUCCGCCACGCUGAUCCUCAGCACGGGGGCCCCUCAGGGGUGCGUGCUCAGUCCCCUCCUGUACUCCCUGUUCACUCAUGACUGCAUGGCCAGGCACGACUCCAACACCAUCAUUAAGUUUGCAGAUGACACAACAGUGGUAGGCCUGAUCACCGACAACGACUAGACAGCCUAUAGGGAGGAGGUCAGAGACCUGGCCGUGUGGUGCCAGGAUAACAACCUCUCCCUCAACGUGAUCAAGACAAAGGAGAUGAUCGUGGACUACAGGAAAAAGAAGAGGACCGAGCACGUCCCCAUUCUCAUCGACGGGGCUGUAGUGGAGCAGGUUGAGAGCUUCAAGUUCCUUGGUGUCCACAUCACCAACAAACUAACAUGGUCCAAGCACACCAAGACAGUCGUGAAGAGGACACGACAAAACCUAUUCCCCCUCAGGAGACUGAAAAUAUUUGGCAUGGGUCCUCAACUCCUCAAAAGGUUCUACAGCUGCACCAUCGAGAGCAUCCUGACUGAUUGCAUCACUGCCUGGUAUGGCAACUGCUCGGCCUCCGACCGAAAGGCACUACAGAGGGUAGUGCGUACUGCCCAGUACAUCACUGGGGCCAAGCUUCCUGCCAUCCAGGACCUCUAUACGAGGCGGUGGCAGAGGAAGGUCCUAAAAAUUGUGAAAGACUCCAGCCAGCCUAGUCAUAGACUGUUCUCUCUGCUACUGCACGGCAAGCGGUUUCUUAACAGCUUCUACCCCCAAGCCAUAAGACUCCUGAACAUCUAAUCAAAUGACCACCCAGACUAUUUGCAAUGCCCCCCCCCCCCCCCUCUUUUACGCUGCUGCUACUCUCUGUUUAUUAUCUACGCAUAGUCAAUUUAAUAACUCUACCUACAUGUACAUAUUACCUCGACUAACCUGUGCCCCUGCACAUUGACUCGGUACCGGUACCGGUAUCCCCUCUAUAUAGCCUCUCUACUGUUAUUUCACAUUGACUCGGUACCGGUACCCACCUGUAUAUAGCCUCGUUACUGUUCUUUAUACUGCUGCUCUAUAAUUAUUUGUUACUUUUAUUUCGUAUUAUUUUAUAUAGUAUUUUUUUGUGAUUUUUUUGUUGUUGUUGGUAUUCUUUCUUAAAACUGCAUUGUUGGUUAACGGCUUUUAAGUAAGCAUUUCACUGUAAGGACUACACCUGUUGUAUUCGGCGCAUGUGACAAAUAAAGCUUCCCCCAGGAUUUGAGGAGGAUAUUAGAGCUAAUUUUAAAUCAGUGCUUAGGGACUGGGUCAACUUCUUCGUGGGGGAGCUUUAGCUGUAGGAUGAAGGGUGAAGACAAGUUGCUUCAGGAUGGAGAGGGGUCUGUUACUGACAGGGGGAGGGUAAAACGGGGUGGACCGGUUUGAUGCACGGACCAGUUUUGGUUUUUAAUUUACCUUGUAUAACGCUUCUCCGCUGUGUGUAAUAAUGUCUGUUUUUAUAGUUUACUCCAUUUGAUUCUUCACUCACUCUCCCUCUCUCUUCCACACACACCAAGCCCCACCUCCUGUCACUCAAGAAGAGCAGUUUUUGCGCUACAACCUUCCUUUAUACCUCAGUUGCUAGGUGUCCAUGGCGACAGAUUUUCAGGGUCUGUUACUGACGAUAGUCCCCAGGGGCGUCCCUCCUCCCUCCUGUGUCCCUCCUCCCUCACGUGUCCCUGUGGUGUCCCUCUGUCUGCAGGCGCUACCUGAAGCACAAGCGUGACGACAGCGCGGAGAAGCAGGACGAGGAGACGGUGGAUGUGACGCCCAUCAUGAUCUCUGUGUUCGUGGUCAUGUGCUGCUCGAUGCUGGUACUGCUCUACUUCUUCUACGACCACCUAGGUACGUACCUGGGUAUAAACCUGUACCCAUCUCUACCUGUCUCUUAUCUAGUCUACGACCUCCUGGGUAUACACCUGUACCCAUCUCUACCUGUCUCUUAAUCUAGUCUACGACCACCUGGGUAUACACCUGUACCCAUCUCUACCUGUCUCUUAAUCUAGUCUACGACCACCUGGGUAUACACCUGUACCCAUCUCUACCUGUCUCUUAAUCUAGUCUACGACCACCUGGGUAUACACCUGUACCCAUCUCUACCUGUCUCUUAAUCUAGUCUACGACCACCUGGGUAUACACCUGUACCCAUCUCUACCUGUCUCUUAAUCUAGUCUACGACCACCUGGGUAUACACCUGUACCCAUCUCUACCUGUCUCUUAAUCUAGUCUACGACCACCUGGGUAUACACCUGUACCCAUCUCUACCUGUCUCUUAAUCUAGUCUACGACCACCUGGGUAUACACCUGUACCCAUCUCUACCUGUCUCUUAAUCUAGUCUACGACCACCUGGGUAUACACCUGUACCCAUCUCUACCUGUCUCUUAAUCUAGUCUACGACCACCUGGGUAUACACCUGUACCCAUCCCUACCUGUCUCUUAAUCUAGUCUACGACCUCCUGGGUAUACACCUGUACCCAUCUCUACCUGUCUCUUAUCUAGUCUAUGACCUCCUGGGUAUACACCUGUACCCAUCUCUACCUGUCUCUUAUCUAGUCUACGACCUCCUGGGUAUACACCUGUACCCAUCUCUACCUGUCUCUUAUCUAGUCUACGACCACCUGGGUAUACACCUGUACCCAUCUCUACCUGUCUCUUAAUCUACGACCUCCUGGGUAUACACCUGUACCCAUCUCUACCUGUCUCUUAAUCUAGUCUACGACCUCCUGGGUAUACACCUGUACCCAUCUCUACCUGUCUCUUAAUCUACGACCUCCUGGGUAUACACCUGUACCCAUCUCUACCUGUCUCUUAAUCUAGUCUACGACCACCUGGGUAUACACCUGUACCCAUCUCUACCUGUCUCUUAAUCUAGUCUACGACCACCUGGGUAUACACCUGUACCCAUCUCUACCUGUCUCUUAUCUAGUCUACGACCUCCUGGGUAUACACCUGUACCCAUCUCUACCUGUCUCUUAAUCUAGUCUACGACCUCCUGGGUAUACACCUGUACCCAUCUCUACCUGUCUCUUAUCUAGUUUAUGACCUCCUGGGUAUACACCUGUACCCAUCUCUACCUGUCUCUUUACCUGUCUCUUAAUCUAGUCUACGACCACCUGGGUAUACACCUGUACCCAUCUCUACCUGUCUCUUAAUCUAGUCUACGACCACCUGGGUAUACACCUGUCUCCCCACCUUAACCUGUCUCUGCCUUUCUCUCUGGUUUACAUUCACUUAUCUCUGUCUGUGUAGUGUCUGUUUAGUGUCUAUGAUCAUUGUUAUAUUCUAUCCUCUGUCUGUGUAGUGUAUAUGAUCAUUGUUAUAUUCUAUCCUCUGUCUGUGUAGUGUAUAUGAUCAUUGUUAUAUUCUAUCCUCUGUCUGUGUAGUGUAUAUGAUCAUUGUUAUAUUCUAUCCUCUGUCUGUGUAGUGUAUAUGAUCAUUGUUAUAUUCUAUCCUCUGUCUGUGUAGUGUAUAUGAUCAUUGUUAUAUUCUAUCCUCUGUCUGUGUAGUGUAUAUGAUCAUUGUUAUAUUCUAUCCUCUGUCUGUGUAGUGUAUAUGAUCAUUGUUAUAUUCUAUCCUCUGUCUGUGUAGUGUAUAUGAUCAUUGGGAUAUUCUGCCUGGCCUCGUCUGUUGGCCUGUACAGCUGUCUCUGGCCCUUCGUUAGGAGACUCCCCUUCGGGAAGUGCAGGUGAGAGACUUACCAUCAACCUAACAAAGAUCUGUUCAUAAUCACCAGGAAGUAAGAUCUGUUCAUAAUCACCAGGAAGUAAGAUCUGUUCAUAAUCACCAGGAAGUAGUCCACCAUCAACCUAACAAAGACCUGUUCAUAAUCACCAGGAAGUAAGAUCUGUUCAUAAUCACCAGGAAGUAGUCCACCAUCAACCAAUAACUCUCCAUCUAUUUCUUUAUUUUUUUUACUUUUUCAACUUCUUCCUGUGUGUGUGUUUAUGUGUAGGAUCCCAGAGAACAACCUGCCUUACUGCCACAAGAGGCCUCAGGUCCGCAUGCUGCUGUUGUCAGCCUUCUGCAUCGGAGUCAGCGUCACCUGGGGCGUGUUCCGCAACCAAGAUCAGUGAGUACUAACUAGGGUGACAAAAUUCAAAAAUCUUCGGAAAGUAACUUCUCCAAAAUUCCCAGGUUUUCCAGAAAUUCCAGUUAGAGAAUUCCCGGAUUUCCUGCUUAUUCCUUCCUGAUUCCUGGACUCUUCCAACCGUCUUACUGGUUAGCUACGCUAGAGGGAGGAGUAAUGUUGCCUGAGACCUGAAGACUUAGCCUUAAGCACCUAGAGCUAAUGAAUGCCUAGGCUUCAGGUUUCAGCUCCAUGGGCUAACAUAGUCUUCUUGAGGCAUUUGUUUGUGUUGUGUUGAGGUGUGAGUGUGUUUAUCCCUGUGUGUGUGGCAGGCUAACUGUUAUUCCUGCCAUCUGCUGUGUCCUCUCCUAGGUGGGCGUGGGUGUUACAGGAUGCCCUGGGCAUAGCCUUCUGUCUCUACAUGCUCAAGACUAUCAGACUGCCCACGUUUAAGGUUCGUACACCAGUAUAGAGAUUCUAUAAUUCUGUAGUCUAUAUGAUUCUAUAUGGUAUUCUGGGGAUACACCAGCAUAGCAUUACAGGGCGGCAGGUAGCCAAGCGGUGGGCCAGCAACCGAAAUGUCGCUAGUUCGAAUCCCAGAGGUGACAAGGUAGUACAAAUCUGUCUGUGCCCUUGAGCAAGGCACUUAUCCCUAAUCGCUCCAGGAUCGCCGUUGAUAAUGGCAGUUCCUGGCUGUGACCCCACUCUCAGUGGGUGUCUCAGGGGGAGUUGGGAUAUGCAAAAAAAGGAACACAUUUCCAAUUCACACAAAUAUGAAUACACACUUGUUCAUGUGUGAAACAGGACAAAUAUAAGCACCAACCAAAUGAUGAUUAUAAUGUACUGACCAUAGAAGUAGAAUCACUAGAAUGGGAAUAUCCCAUUCAAGUCAAUGGGCCUGUCAUGGAUGGACUGGCGGCCAUUUUAAAAGUGGUACUGACCACAUUAGUAACUAACUAGGGCCAGGAGUUGUACUGAUGAUCAUGCAUGUGUGUUAAUGACCAGGAGUUUUUCCCCGACCCUAUGACAAGCAGUGACCUGUGUAUCUAACCCCAUUGAACAACAUCCAUAGGCAGGAAAGGUCGUAUUAAUAUAUUCUUCUUCUUCCAUGUCUUCUGCUCCAGGCCUGCACCAUGCUGCUGGUGACCCUGUUUGUCUACGAUGUUUUCUUUGUAUUCAUUACUCCUCUCUUUACCAAGGUACGUCACAGUGGAGCCCCUCAUUUAAAUAGGAAAUAUUUAUACAUUUUAAUUCUAAAGUGCCUUUUGUUACAGGACAAGUUUCUGAUAUUUUUACCAAUUAUUGGCAAAAAGCUGAUCUGAUUGGUCAAAAGACCAAUUAGUGGAAAAAUAUCUGACUUAGGCGGUGCUAUACAGGCGGUGCUAUACAGUGCAUUCAGAAAGUAUUCACACCCCUUGAAAUUUUUCCACAUUUUGUUGUUACAAGGUGGGAUAUAUAUAUAUAUAUAUAUAUAUAUAUAUAUAAACUCAACAAAAAAAGAAACGUCCCUUUUUCAGGACCCUGUCUUUCAAAGAUAAUUCGUAAAAUUCCAAAUAACUUCACAGAUCUUCAUUGUAAAGGGUUUAAACAAUGUUUCCCAUGCUUGUUCAAUGAACCAUAAACAAUUAAUGAACAUGCACCUGUGGAACGGUCGUUAAGACACUAACAGCUUACAGACGGUAGGCAAUUAAGGUCACAGUUAUGAAAACCUAGGACACUAACAUCUUUGUGAAUGUGCCUUAGGCAUGCUGCAAGGAGGCAUGAGGACUGCAGAUGUGGCCAAGGCAAUAAAUUGCAAUGUCCGUACUGUGAGACGCCUAAGACAGCGCUACAGGGAGACCGGACGGACAGCUGAUCAUCCUCGCAGUGGCAGACCACGUGUAACAACACCUGCACAGGAUCGGUUCAUCCAAACAUCACACCUGCGGGACAGGUACAGGAUGGCAACAACAACUGCCCGAGUUACACCAGGAAUGCACAAUCCCUCCAUCAGUGCUCAGACUGUCCACAAUAGGCUGAGAGAGGCUGGACUGAGGGCUUGUAGGCUAGACAUCACCGGCAACAACGUCGCCUAUGGGCACAAACCCACCGUCGCUGGACCUGACAGGACUGGCAAAAAAUGCUCUUCACUUACGAGUCACUUGUUUUGUGUCACCAGGGGUGAUGGUCGGAUUCGCGUUUAUCGUCAAAGGAAUGAGCGUUACACCGAGGCCUGUACUCUGGAACGGGAUCGAUUUGGAGGUGGAGGGUCCGUCAUGGUCUGGGGCGGUGUGUCACAGCAUCAUCGGACUGAGCUUGUUGUCAUUGCAGGCAAUCUCAACGCUGUGCGUUACAGGGAAGACAUCCUCCUCCCUCAUGUGUUACCCUUCCUGCAGGCUUAUCCUGACAUGACUUCACCAGCCAAACUGCUCGUUCUGUGCGUGAUUUCCUUCAAGACAGGAAUGUCAGUGUUCUGCCAUGGCCAGCGAAGAGCCCGGAUCUCCCAUUGAGCACAUCUGGGACCUGUUGGAUCGGAGGGUGAGGGCUAGGGCCAUUCCCCCCAGAAAUGUCUGGGAACUUGCAGGUGCCUUGGUGGAAGAGUGGGGUAACAUCUCACAGCAAGAACUGGCAAAUCUGGUGCAGUCCAUGAGGAGGAGAUGCACUGCAGUACUUAAUGCAGCUGGUGGCCACACCAGAUACUGACUGUUACUUUUGACCCCCCCCCCCCCCCCUUUUGUUCAGGGACACAUUAUUUCAUUUCUGUUAGUCACAUGUCUGUGGAACUUGUUCAGUUUAUGUCUCAGUUGUUGAAUCUUGUUAUGUUCAUACAAAUAUUUACACGUUAAGUUUGCUGAAAAUAAUUGCAGUUGACAGUGAGAGGACGUUUCUUUUUUUGCUGAGUUUAUAUUGUGUGACGUCACGAGAGGCUACACAGCUUUCAGCGGGGUUGCUCAAGUAGUGCAAGGAGACAAGGUUCAAACAAAACAAGGAUUUUAUUAUAGGUCUUGGGAAAUUAACGAAAAUAUAACAAAAUUCUGUUCUCUUGUGGCUCUUUGAGGGUUAACAGUUCAGGGAUGUCUCUUCCACAUCCAAAAUCAUAAUUCUCACUCGCUCAGAUAACUUUUCCCCAGCCUUACUGUAGUCCAUGUUGCAGCUAGUGGCCAACCCAGCAAAAAGUCCUUCCAAAUGUCUCUCACGUAUUUCCACAGGUGCAUAUAUCCAAAGGUGAGUAUUUCCCAAAGGUAAGUAUCUCCAAAUCCUUAUAUUCCUCCUGGAAGUGGACGUGCAGCACUCUUGUCCUCCAGAGAGCCCAGGUUGGAGACUGUGUUUCUUCACCCCCCACACACUCCCUCAGUGUGUCUCUUCCCUUCCCAAAACCUUCAGCUCAUCAGCUCCUGAUUUGUUUCAGCUGCGUGGGAAGAUUGGCCAUAGAGGGGUGGAGUUCCCGACCAUACCAGCAGAUGGAGCCAUAGCUGUCUGGGUUUGCAGCCACCUCAGGGGGAUGUAACGUCCCUCCAGGACACAGCCUCUCGUGACAUCACACAUCCCCCUCCUCGGGACCGACGUCCUCGUCGGGGUAAAGGCAGCGAAGAAGGCAUCACGCCGGGAGAGGGCGUCCGCAUUGCCGUGGUGCUUGCCAGCCCUGUGGACAACAGAAAAGUUAAACGGUUGCAAGCUCAAAAACCAUCUGGUUACUCUACUGUUUGAUUCCUUGUUCUUGGCCAUCCACUGCAGAGGGGCGUGAUCAGAUACCACCCUGAAACGUCGGCCCAGGAGAUAGAACCGAAGGGACUCCAGGGCCCAGACUACAGCCAGACAUUCUUUCUCCACCGUUGAAUAGUUCUUCUCUCUUGGAAGUAACUUUCUGCUUAGGUAGAGAAUGGGAUGUUCUUCACCGUCAUGUGCCUGGGUGAGGACAGCACCCAGACCCACCUCCGAAGCAUCCGCUUGGAUAAUGAAUUCCUUCUUGAAGUCUGGUGCCACCAGGAUCGGACUGGAGCAGAGUGCUCGCUUCAGGUUGAGGAAAGCCGCCUCCGCCGCAGGGUUCCACUUCACCAUUCGUGAGUGGCGUUUGGUCGUCAGCUCCGUCAACGGUGCAGCUAUGGUAGCAAAAUCUGCAAUAAAGCGUCUAUAGUAGCCAGCGAGGCCCAAAAAUUACCUUACUUGCUUCUUGGUGAUGGGCUGCGGCCAGUCCUGUAUGGCCCGCAGUUUGGCUUCCUGUGGUUUGACCAACCCCCGCCCAAUGGUGUACCCCAGGUAGUUUGUCUCACUGAAGGCCAGCUUGCACUUCUUCGGGUUUGCCGUGAGCCCUGCUUCCCUGAGCGAAUCCAGCACCGCUUGUACCCGGGGUAUGUGGCUGGCCCAAUCCGGACUUUGUAUAACAACAUCAUCCAAAUAAGCCGCUGCGUACCUCUUGUGGGGCGCAAGGACUCGAUCCAUCAGGCGUUGGAACGUGGCAGGUGCCCCGUGGAGACCAAACGGAAGUCGGGUAUACUGGUUAGAGCCCCUCCGGGGUGGCAAAGGCUGUCUUCUCCUUGGACGCCGGGGUCAGGGGCACCUGCCAGUAGCCUUUUGUGAGAUCAAGAGUGGUUAGGAAACGAGCAUGCCCCAAGGAGUCUAUUAAAUCAUCGACACGAGGCAUUGGGUAUGCAUCAAAUUCAGACACUUCAUUCAACUUUCGAUAGUCAUUACAAAAUCGUACUGAACCGUCUGGCUUGGGAACCAGUACGAUGGGACUUGCCCAGGCACUGUGGGACUCUUCGAUUACUCCCAACUCCCGCAUCUUCCUUACCUCCUUCUGUAUAACCACUUUACGAGCCUCUGGCACGCGGUACGGGCGCUGGUUUACCGUUCGGCCAGGCAUGGUGCGGAUCUCAUGUUGGACCACCUCUGUGUGACCGGGAAGGGAGGAGAAGACAUCCUGGUUCUGCUCCACGAGUUCCAGGGCCAUCUGUCGUUGAUGUGGGGACAGAUUUGGACCCAGCUGAACCUCUUCUCGCGCCGGUUCCUUGGUCUCUGUGGGGGGUAGACAGCUGAACAUCGCCUCUCUGGCGUGCCACUUCUUUAAAAGGUUAACAUGAUAAAUCUGCUCAGUUUUUCUUUUAUCUGGUUGCCUCACCUUGUAGUUUACUUCUCCCAUGCGUUCAAUGACCUCAUAUGGUCCUUGCCAGGUUGCCAGGAAUUUACACUCAACGGUUGGCACCAGGACCAGCACUCUGUCCCCCGGCUUAAACUCCCUGGGUUGAGCAGAUCUGUUGUAGGAGGCUUGCUGUUGCCGCUGACUGGCCUCCAGGUGUUCCCGCAUCAUGGGAUAGAUGGCCUUCAUUCUCUCCCUCAUAGCCCCGACAUGGUCGAUCAGUGUCCGCUGUUGGCAUGGCUGCUCCUCCCAGGCCUCCUUGGCGAUGUCGAGCAGUCCUCUGGGUCUGUAGGAAAGCAAGAGCUCAAAGGGUGAAAAACCAGUAGAAGACUGAGGUACCUCUCUCACCGCAAAUAAUAUGUAUGGUAACAGCUGAUCCCAGUUGCGCCCAUCUUCCCCUACCGCUUUCCGCAGCAUGGAUUUUAGUGUUUUGUUAAAACGUUCGACUAGGCCAUCUGUCUGGGGGUGGUAGACCGAGGUUCUCAGCUGUUUGAUUUUCAGUAAAGCACAGAGUUCUUUCAUCACCCUGGACAUGAAUGGAGUCCCUUGGUCCGUCAAUAUCUCUUUUGGGAUUCCCAGACUAGUUGAGAGACGGAACAGCUCCUUGGCGAUUUGUCUGGAUGUAGCCUUCCUCAGCGGAAUGGCCUCCGGGUACCGGGAUGCAUAGUCCAGAAUGACCAGAAUGUAUUGAUGUCCCCUGGAACUUUUCGGUAAGGGCCCGACUAUGUCUAAUCCAAUCCUCUCAAAAGGAGUUUCGAUAAUGGGCAAGGGAAUGAGCGGGUUUCUAUAUGUGGGCUUUGGCGCAACCUGCUGACACUCAGGGCAACUACGGCAGUAGUUCUCUAUCUCUUUGUGUACUCCUGGCCAAAAGAAACGUUGCAUGAUUCUUUCCUUAGUCUUCUCUACCCCCAAGUGGGCCCCUAGCGGGUGUGUGUGGGCUAGGUUGAGUACUGUGGCCCGAUAGGGCUGUGGCACGAGGAGCUGUUCAUGCACUUCAUCAUUUUUCUUGACUAUCUGAUAUACUAACCCCCGGUUUACUGCGAAAUGGGGGUAAGUAGGGUUUGUCUUAUCACCUAACACUACACCUUCUAAUACCUGCACAUUUCUUAAGGCAUUUGCAAGAGUAGGAUCUUGUAAUUGAGCCGUACCAUACUGGCCUGUGAGAGGGGGAAGCUCUUGGGUGCCUGGGACGUCUUCUUCACUGGAGAACGGAGCACUUUCCUGGGCUGCGUUCUCUUCUCCCGUAUCCGGACCAGUCUCGGUGUCGGUCUGGGCACCUGCCAUCCCUAUCAGAGCCCGGGCGGGAGUGAGUAACUCGGAGGAUUGCACCGGAGCCUUCCCAGGAUGAGUCUUGCCUCUCCGUUUCCGAGGUACUCGGGUUAUCCUCUCCUGAGACUCUCUCCAGAGUGGGUAAAAGGCUGGGCAGUCUCGUCCAAUUAGGACAGGGACGGGGAGGGAAUCAACCACCCCCGCCGUCGUGUGUAUGGUUCCCCGUGUGCUGGUCAUUGUAAGUUCAGUAAUGGGGUAUUCUCUGGUGUCCCCAUGGACACAGGAAACUGGGAGGACUUUCCCCGGGGUCAGACACGUUGGGCCCACCAAAUCCUUACGCACCAGGGUGGCCCGGCUACCAGAAUCCAGUAAGGCCUCCACAUCAUGGUGAUUCACAGUUACCGGGCAGGUGGGGGGUCGAUCUGGGCCGCCAUCUACGACUCCCAAGAGCGAGGCAAAACGGUGUGUGGGUGCUGAGCUGGAGGACUCCGCAGUGGGCAUAGGUUCAUCGGCUGGUUUCCCACACUGCCAGGAGAUAUGUCCCAUCUCCCCACACCGGUAACACUGUCGAGUUUCCCCCUCCUGGUGUACUCUUCUUGGACCCGCCUGGUUUCUGGCUCCCCCUGGAGCCGGGAUAAGUCCUGACGUGGCUGGGUUCGAGACCUUGGGGUCCUUUGGACGGGUUCUUCCCAUUUGUGGUGGGGCCGCACUCCUGGGGUCUUUUCGGGAAGCAUUCAGCAUCUCCGCUGUGGCCUGGUACUUUUCCACAGCUUCCACGGUCAGAUCAGCCGUGGUCAAGGCCUGUUGACUGAUGAACCGUUUUGCCUCAUAAGGCAGGGCGCGUAGGUAACGAUCCACCACAACGGCCUCCACCACCGCCGCUGCUGUAUUCCUCUGCGGAUCCAGCCAUUUCCUUGCGAUUCGGACAAGUUCAUGCAUCUGCGCCCGAGGAGGUUGGUCUGGUUGGAAGGUCCAGCUGUGAAAGCGCUGGGCCAUACCAAACUUUGUGAGUCCAUAUCUGCUGAGGAUCUCAGCCUUCAGGGCAUCAUAGUCAGUAACCUGGUCAGGGCCCAGGUCCCGGACAGCAUUCAGCGAUUCCCCGGUUAGAAAGGGGGCUAACAGACCAACCCACUGUUGCUUGGGCCAGGCUUCCCUAGUGGCCGUGGCCUCAAAUGCAUGCAGGUAUGCCUCAAUGUCAUCGGUAGCUCCCAUCUUAGAUAUAAAGUCACUUGCCUUUAUUGGGCGGGUAUUUUGGACAACCCUCUGUCUCUGCAACUGCAAUUCCUCUGCCUUCAGAAGGUUGGCUUUCUUUUGCUCCUCCAAGAGAGCCACGUUUGCUUGCAUCUGGGCUUGCUGGCCAGCAACAAGGGCUUUCAAUAUGUCCUCCAUUUCAGUCGGCGGGGAGCCUACGGCCAACUUGGAAAACUGGGUGAUCAAACCUUCGGUAUCCUCCUCUGCCAUGCACUAUUAAUGCUUGAGUAUGCCCGUGUUCUCCACCAUCUGUGACGUCACGAGAGGCUACACAGCUUUCAGCGGGGUUGCUCAAGUAGUGCAAGGAGACAAGGUUCAAACAAAACAAGGAUUUUAUUAUAGGUCUUGGGAAAUUAACGAAAAUAUAACAAAAUUCUGUUCUCUUGUGGCUCUUUGAGGGUUAACAGUUCAGGGAUGUCUCUUCCACAUCCAAAAUCAUAAUUCUCACUCGCUCAGAUAACUUUUCCCCAGCCUUACUGUAGUCCAUGUUGCAGCUAGUGGCCAACCCAGCAAAAAGUCCUUCCAAAUGUCUCUCACGUAUUUCCACAGGUGCAUAUAUCCAAAGGUGAGUAUUUCCCAAAGGUAAGUAUCUCCAAAUCCUUAUAUUCCUCCUGGAAGUGGACGUGCAGCACUCUUGUCCUCCAGAGAGCCCAGGUUGGAGACUGUGUUUCUUCACCCCCCACACACUCCCUCAGUGUGUCUCUUCCCUUCCCAAAACCUUCAGCUCAUCAGCUCCUGAUUUGUUUCAGCUGCGUGGGAAGAUUGGCCAUAGAGGGGUGGAGUUCCCGACCAUACCAGCAGAUGGAGCCAUAGCUGUCUGGGUUUGCAGCCACCUCAGGGGGAUGUAACGUCCCUCCAGGACACAGCCUCUCGUGACAUCACAAUUGAUUACAUAAGUAUUCAACCCUCUGGCUCAAUACAUGUAAGAAUCACCUUUGUCAGUGACUACAGCUGUGAGUCUUUCUGGUUAAGUCUCUUAAGAGCUUUGCACACCUGGAUUGUACAAUAUUGCACAUUAUUAACUCUACCUACAUGUACAUAUUACCUCAAUUACCUCGACUAACCGCUGCCCCCGCACAUUGACUCUGUACCGGUACCCCCUGUAUAUAGCCUCCCUACUGUUAUUUUUUAAUUAUUAGUUACUUUUAUUUCUUAUUUUAUUUUGUAGGUAUUCUUUCUUAAAACUGCAUUGUUGGUUAAGGGCUUGUAAGUAAGCAUUUCACUGUAAGGUCUACACCUGUUGUAUUCGGCGCAUGUGACAAAUAAUAUUUUAUUUGAUUAUUCUUUUUUAAAUUCUUCAAGCUCUGUCAAAUUGGUUGUUGAUCAUUGCUAGACAGCCAUUUUCAAGUCUUGCCAUAGAUUUUCAAGACGAUUUAAGUAAAAACUGUAACUAGGCCACUCAGGAACAUUCAAUGUCGUCUUGGUAAGCAACUCCAGUGUAGAUUUGGCCUUGUGUUUUAGGUUAUUGUCCUGCUGAAAAGUGAAUUUGUCUCCAGUGUCAGUUGGAAGGCAGGUUUUCUUCUAGGAUUUUGCCUGUGCUUGGCUCUAUUCCGUUUCUUGUUAUCCUAAAAAAACUAGUCCUUGUCGAUGACGAGCAUACCCAUAACAUGAUGCAGCCACCACCAUGCUUGAAAAUAUGAAGAGUGUUACUCAGUGAUGUGUUCUGUUGGAUAUUCCCGAAACAUAAUGCUUUGUAUUCAGGACAUUAACAUUUCUUUGCCACAUUUUUUACAGUUUUACUUUAGUGCCUUGUUGCAAACAGGAUGCUAGUUUUGGAAUAUUUGUAUUCUGUACAUGCUUCCUUCUUUUCACUCUGUCAUUUAGGUUAGUAUUGUGGAGUAACUACAAUGUUGUUGAUCCAUCCUCAGUUUUCUCCUAUCACAGCCAUUCAACUCUAUAACUGUUUUAAGGUCACCAUUGGCCUCAUGGUGAAAUCCCUGAGCGGUUUCCUUCCUCUCCGACGACUGAGUUGGGAAGGACGCCUGCAUCUUUGUAGUGACUGGGUGUAUAGAUAAUUAAUAACUUCACCAUGCUCUAAGGGAUAUUCAAUGUCUGCUUUUUUUUUUUUUACCCAUCUACCAAUAGGUGCCCUUUGUGAGGCAUUGGAAAACCUCCCUGGUCUUUGUGGUUGAAUCUGUGUUUGAAAUUCACUGCUCAACUGAGGGACCUUACAGAUAAUUGUAUGUGUGGGGUAAAGAGAUGAGGUAGUCAUUCAAAAAGCAUGUUAAACACUAUUAUUUCACACAGAGUGAGUCCAUGCAACUUAUUAUGUGACUUGUUAAGUACAUUUUUACUCCUGAACUUAUUUAGGCUUGCCAUAACAAAGGGGUGUGAAUACUUUCUGAAGUCACUGUAGGUGCUAUACAUGAAGCAGGAACUAACUGGCUAGAUAAAUGGACUAUAUAUUAAACCAGGGUUUCCCAAACUCGGUCCUGGGGCCCCCCCUGGUUGCACGUUUUGGUUUUUGCCCUAGCACUACACAGCUGAUUCAAAUAACCAACUCAUCAUCAUGCUUUGAUUAUUUGAAUCAGCUAUGUAGUGCUAGGACAAAAACCAAAACGUGCACCCAGGGGGGGCCCCAGGACCAAGUUUGGGAAACCCUGCAUUAAGCCACUACCAUGUGUCCUGUGUUUGUCUCCUCAGAGUGGUCAUAGUAUUAUGGUGGAGGUGGCGGCUGGGCCCUCUGAUUCCUCCACACAUGAAAAGGUACAUUUGGCAUCGAUUGAUUUGAUAUGUUCUGUUGCUGAUUUGCUCUCAAAUAACAGCUGUUCUUUCACAUGAACUGAUGUAGCAAUUGAAGGAUGUAAUAAUGUAACUAAUAGAGGAUGCUCUCUGUCCUUGCUGGCCUCCUUCCAGCUUCCUAUGGUGCUCAAAGUGCCCCGGCUCAACUCUUCCCCUCUGGCUCUGUGUGACAGGCCCUUUUCUCUGCUUGGAUUUGGCGACAUCUUAGUACCAGGUAACACUACUGUACUGUAUUCUACUACUGUAUUCUACUACUGUACUGUAUUCUACUACUGUAUUCUACUACUGUACUGUAUUCUACUACUGUAUUCUACUACUGUACUGUAUUCUACUACUGUAUUAUACUACUGUACUGUAUUCUACUACUGUAUUCUACUACUGUAUUCUACUACUGUACUGUAUUCUACUACUGUACUCUACUACUGCAUUGUAUUUUACUACUGUAUUCUACUACUGUACUGUAUUCUACUACUGUAUUCUACUACUGUACUGUAUUCUACUACUGUAUUCUACUACUGUACUGUAUUCUACUACUGUAUUCUACUACUGUACUGUAUUCUACUACUGUACUGUAUUCUACUACUGUAUUCUACUACUAUACUGUAUUCUACUACUGUAUUCUACUACUGUACUGUAUUCUACUACUGUACUCUACUACUGUACUGUAUUCUACUACUGUAUUCUACUACUGUACUGUAUUCUACUACUGUAUUCUACUACUGUAUUCUACUACUGUACUGUAUUCUACUACUGUACUCUACUACUGCAUUGUAUUUUACUACUGUAUUCUACUACUGUACUGUAUUCUACUACUGUAUUCUACUACUGUACUGUAUUCUACUACUGUAUUCUACUACUGUACUGUAUUCUACUACUGUAUUCUACUACUGUACUGUAUUCUACUACUGUAUUCUACUACUGUAUUCUACUACUGUACUGUAUUCUACUACUGUAUUCUACUACUGUACUGUAUUCUACUACUGUAUUCUACUACUGUACUCUACUACUGUACUGUCUACUACUGUACUCUUCUACAGUACUAUACCCUGCUACUGUACUGUAUUUUACUACUGUAUUUUACUACUGUACUCUACUACUGUACUAUACUCUACUACUAUAUGUACUACUGUACUGUAUUCUACUACUGUACCCUACUACUGUACUGUACUCCUACAACUUUUCCAGAAUGCUGCAGCCCGUCUGCUGUUCAACCUUCCCAAGUUCUCUCAUGUCACCCCGCUCCUCCGCACACUCCACUGGCUUCCAGUUGAGGCUCGCAUCUACUACAAGACCAUGGUGCUUGCCUACGGAGCUGUGAGGGGAACGGCACCUCCUUACCUUCAGGCUCUGAUCAGACCCUACACCCAAACGAGGGCACUACGUUCAUCCACCUCUGGCCUGCUAGCUCCCCUACCUCUACAGAAGCACAGUUCCCGCUCAGCCCAGUCAAAGCUAUUCGCUGCUCUGGCACCCCAAUGUUGGAACAAGCUCCCUCACGACGCCAGGACAGCGGAGUCACUGACCACUUUCUGGAGACACUUGAAACCCUACCUCUUUAAGGAAUACCUGGAAUAGUAUAAAAGUAAUCCUUCUUCCCCCCUCCCCCACCCCCCAUAAAAAAUAAAGAAGAAACAAAUGUGGUUGUCCCACUGGCUAUCAUAAGGUGAAUGCACCAAUUUGUAAGUCGCUCUGGAUAAGAGCGUCUGCUAAAUGACGUAAAUGUUUUUAAAAAAUCAACGUACUACUGUAUUCUACCACUGUACUGUAUCCUAUUACUGUACUCUACUACUGUACCCUACUACUGCACUGUAUUUUACUACUGUGCUCUACUACUGUUCUAUACUAUACUACUGUACCUUAUUCUACUACUGUAUAAUACUACUGUACUAUACUCUACUGUAUUUUACUGCUGUAUCUUACUACUGUACCCUACUACUGUACUCUACUACUGUACGCUACUACUGUAUUUACUACUGUAUCUUACUACUGUACUCUACUACUGUACUCUACUACUGUACACUACUGCACUGUAGUCUACUACUGCAUUGUAUUCUACUACUCUGUUAUCUACUACUGUACUAUACUCUACUACUGUACUGUUAGCUACUACUGUAAUCUACUACUGUACCCUACUACUGCACUUUACUACUCUACUGUAUUCUACUACUGUACUGUAUUUUACUAUUGUACUCUACUACUGUAUUUUACUACUGUAUCUUACUACUGUACUGUAUUUUACUACUGUACUCUACUACUGUACUCUUCUACUGUACUGUAUUCUACUACUGUACUGUAUUUUACUAUUGUACUCUACUACUGUUAUUUUACUACUGUACACUACUACUGUAAUCUACUGCACUGUAUUCUACUACUCUACUGUUAGCUACUACUGUACUGUACUCUACUACACUUUUUUGUUGUUUUAUUUUUAAAAAUAAAUGCACUGUUGGUUAAGGGCUGUAAGUAAGCAUUUCACUGUAAUGUCUGCACCUGUUGUAUUCGGCGCAUGUGACCAAUACAAUUUGAUUUGAUUUACUACUGUACUGUAUUCUACUACUGUAUCUUACUACUGUACUCUAUUUUACUAUUGUAUAUAAUAUAUAAUAUAAUAUAAUAUAAUAAUAUAAUAAUAAUAAAAAUAAUAUGCCAUUUAGCAGACGCUUUUAUCCAAAGCGACUUACAGUCAUGCGUGCAUACAUUUUUGUGUAUGGGUGGUCCCGGGGAUCGAACCCACUACCUUGGCGUUACAAGCGCCGUGCUCUACCAGCUGAGCUACAGAGGACUACAUUGUACUCUACUACUGUAUUUUACUACUGUACACUACUACUGUACUCUACUACUGUACUCUACUACUGUAUUCUACUACUGUAUUUUACUACUGUACACUACUACUGUACUCUACUACUGUAUUCUACUACUGUAUUUUAUACUACUGUACACUACUACUGUACUCUACUACUGUAAUCUACUACACUGUAUUCUACUACUCUACUGUACACUACUACUGCACUGUAUUUUACAAUUGUACUCUACUACUCUAUUUUACUACUGUACUCUACUACUGUAUUGUAUUCUACUACUGUAUCAUAUUACUGUACUGUACUUUCCUACUGUACUCUACUACUGUACUCUACUGCUAUACUCUACUACUGUACUCUUCUGCUGUACUGUAUUCUACUACUGUAUCCUGUCUUAGUACCAGGUACCUCCCAUAGUGUCUAAUCCAAUUCUCAUCAGGAGUCUUUCUUCACCUGGUCCUUUAUCGUACAAUAUCUAACUCCUGUUAUCGUAUCUUUCUGUGGCGAGAUAUCUGCACUCGUCCCGGUUGAGCUGACAUGACUCUCUCUCUCUCUCUCUCAGGUCUGCUGGUAGCAUACUGUCACAGAUUUGACAUCCUCAUGCAGUCCUCACGGUUCUAUUUCCUGGCCUGCACUAUCGGUAAGACCAACACAUUUCGAUUUGCAUUGUCUUUUUGAUAGUCAAAAAUCUCAUUUGUGUGUAGAGUCUUAAUAGUAUUUGUUCCAAACAAGCAGUAAAGAACGCUGCACGUACCACAGAACUCAAAACGCGAAACGAGCAAAGAAACGCAGACCGAGCACCGAAACAAAGAGAAACGCAACGAAAAAACGAGAAGAGAUAAUCAAACAAAAGAAGCGAAAACAAAAAAGGAGCAAAGCAACCAGCAACCAAACAAAGAGCACCGAAAAAGACGAAGCGGAGCGAAAGAGACAACCGAAAGAACGUCGAGACCGAAAAAGAAAGAGGAAGACUAAGAAACAGAGAAAUAUGAACGAAAGGAUGAAAAACCGACGACGAGAGACAAACGAGAGAACGAGAGAUCAAAAGAGGAGACGGAAGGCUCUCGUCCCUCUCUCCCUCCUCUCUCUCCCCUCAUCACCUCCUCCCUCUCCCCCCCUCUCUUCCCCCUGCUCUCCCACCCAUCUCUCCCCCUCGUCGCCAACUCUCUCUCCCCUCUCUCCCUCCUCCCCCUCUCCUCUCUCUUCCCCUCUCUCCUCUCCCUCCUCCAUCUCUCCUCUCCCUCCUCCCCCCUGAAGGUUAUGGUAUCGGGCUGCUCAUCACCUUUGUAGCUCUGGCCCUGAUGCAGAUGGGUCAGCCAGCCCUGCUAUACCUGGUGCCUUGCACCCUCCUCUCCAGCCUGGCAGUGGCGCUGUGGCGCAAAGAGCUGCCAUUAUUCUGGACAGGAAGUGGAUUUGUGGUGAUUACCAGUUUGAUAUGAGUGCCUUCUUCUACGGAAAGAAACAUUUCUAGUGUUAUGUACCACAAAGUAAACCUAGAAUUUAAAGUUGAGUACCUUAACCCUGAAAACAAACUAGAUAUAAUCUGCUUCUUUGUUCCAACUUGCCGUUUCUGUUUGCUGUCCCCCUCCCCUCCCCUGCUCUGCUCUGCCCUCCCGUCCUAUACUGUCGUUUUACUGUGGAUUCUCUGGGAUCAGGGUCUGCCUUUAUUCUAUCAUUGUAUUCCUCUGCUCUUAAACAACUGUCAUAUUUUCUUAACAAUAGAUUGUCCUGUGGUGUUAGAAUAGAUACUUGUUGGGGGUAAUUGGGUUUGGGGUCAUUAAACACCAUUGGUAGGUAGACUCAUGAUACAUUGACAACAUGAAUAGUAUCUGGUGGUGACAAGGGGAGUGUACUGAACUGUCUCUCACCCCUUUUCUCUGAACUGCGAAUUAUGAACGCGCUUCUAGAAGCUACUGGGUUUGAAUGUAGUGUGAAACGAGGCGCUCCGAAGGAUCUCUCCUUCCUGAGAAUGUUUUCCCCCUCUGUGUGUCUGAGGUAGCCUGGUCCCAAAUAUAUUUGUGCUGUAUAGUCAACCCAGGGCACCAGUUUUAUCUGAGGUGUUUUCUAGCUCAAUGUACAGCCAUACCUCUGCUAACGGUUUACCAGGCUGGCUAACACACGCCUCCAGUCAGUGUUGAUUCUAGUGAAGGACAACAACCUCAUAAUAGAAAAACAUUCAAGGCUUUAUUUAGUCCAUUGAUCUAGAAUCCACUUGUUGACAGAGGAAUGGCUGUAUAUUUUGUUGGCAUCCUGCAUAAACAAUCUUAUCUCUGUGUCUAUUGCUGUCUUUCCUGUUGUCAAUAGUAUAUUGUUGUCUCCCAGACCUGCUCCACAGUGGUCUGAUGUCUCCACUCUGUUUGUCCCUCUCAGCCUCCCAUAGUUCUGCAACCAAUCAACUGUAUGCAAACCCCAGGACCACUCACAGAGGAGCCCCUCACCAAUCCUGAGCCACAAGGUCCUGAAGCAACCAAUCAGAGUGAGGACCCUCCUUCUCCGCCACGUCAGGUCUCUCCCCUUCCAGAAAAAGAGGCCAGCAAAUCAGAGUAA